AUGUCGUCGACGGAUUUUUAUAUUCGUUAUUAUGUGGGCCACAAAGGCAAGUUUGGUCACGAAUUUCUUGAAUUUGAGUUUAGACCUGACGGUAAAUUAAGAUAUGCUAAUAAUUCAAAUUAUAAAAAUGAUACAAUGAUUCGCAAAGAAGCGUAUGUGCAUCCUUGUGUGAUGGACGAACUGAAACGUGUUAUCGUAGAUUCAGAAAUUAUGCAUGAAGAUGAUCGACUGUGGCCGCAACCAGAUCGAGUCGGAAGACAGGAAUUGGAAAUUGUUAUUGGAGAAGAACACAUAUCUUUUACAACUUCAAAGACUGGUUCAUUAGUGGAUGUUAAUCAGUCUCGUGAUCCAGAAGGCUUGCGUGGCUUCUAUUAUUUAGUGCAAGAUCUCAAGUGUCUAGUAUUUUCACUGAUUGGUCUACACUUUAAAAUAAAGCCCAUAUAA